AUGACUGCUACCGAUUUGCCUAAUGGUGUAUUUGACGCUACGUAUGCUGUUCCUAUGCAUUGUGAAGGUUGUACGAAUGACAUAAGGAACUGUUUAAGUACAAUACCAGGUGUUAAAGAAUUGAGUUUUGAUUUGAAGCAACAGAUGAUGAGUGUCAAUGGUAAUGCACCACCAUCAAGUAUCAUUAAAGCAUUGGAAAGAUGCGGCAGAGAUGCCAUUAUAAGAGGCACUGGUAAACCAAAUACUUCUGCGGUGUCCAUCUUGGAGACAUUUGAAAAAAUCGAUCUUACCAAAGACACCCCUGUUAGGGGGCUUGCACGUAUAGUGGAGGUUGACGACAAGAAAACAUUUUUCGAUGUAACUUUGAAUGGUGUUCCAUACAAGGGGAAAUACUACGCCAGCGUUCAUGAAGAUGGUGACAUAUCUGGAGGUCCAGCAAGUACGGGUGGAAUAUGGUAUCGAUUUGAAGACCCAAUUGUUUGUAAUGAACCAAGCGAUUUAGAUCCAAAACUUUACAGUGGCCAAGCUUUUCUAAAGGCUCCAGUAUCCGUUUGGGAAAUGAUAGGGCGUAGUUUUGUUGUAACGACCGGUGACGAUCACUCAACUGGUAAGCAUGAUCAACACGAAUACUGCGGUGUCAUUGCACGUAGUGCAGGAAUUUGGGAAAAUGAUAAGCAGGUGUGCGCAUGCAGUGGUAAAUCCAUUUGGCAAGAGCGUAAAGAUGCUUUACGUAACAAUAUUAAAUGA